AGUUUCGAGCCCCGUGGGAUCCCGCGGCCCCCAGCCAGCGCCAGCAUGCAGAACAGUCACAGCGGAGUGAAUCAGCUCGGUGGUGUCUUUGUCAACGGGCGACCACUGCCGGACUCCACCCGGCAGAAGAUCGUAGAGCUAGCGCACAGCGGGGCCCGGCCGUGCGACAUUUCCCGAAUUCUGCAGGUGAUCCUCCCGGCGCCGCCCCUGCCGCCCCCGCGGCCCUCCACUCUCAACGCCCUCUUCUCCUUUCUUACUACCCAUGCAGAUGCAAAAGUCCAAGUGCUGGACAAUCAAAACGUGUCCAACGGAUGUGUGAGUAAAAUUCUGGGCAGGUAUUACGAGACUGGCUCCAUCAGACCCAGGGCAAUCGGUGGUAGUAAACCGAGAGUAGCGACUCCAGAAGUUGUAAGCAAAAUAGCCCAGUAUAAGCGGGAGUGCCCGUCCAUCUUUGCUUGGGAAAUCCGAGACAGAUUACUGUCCGAGGGGGUCUGUACCAACGAUAACAUACCGAGUGUGUCCUCCAUCAACCGAGUUCUCCGCAACCUGGCUAGCGAAAAGCAACAGAUGGGCGCGGACGGCAUGUACGACAAACUGAGGAUGCUCAACGGGCAGGCCGGCAGCUGGGGCGCGCGCCCGGGCUGGUACCCGGGGACGGCGGUGCCGGGGCAGCCCGCGCCAGAUGGCUGCCAGCAACAGGAAGGAGGGGGAGAAAACACCAACUCCAUCAGUUCCAACGGAGAGGAUUCCGAUGAGGCCCAAAUGCGACUCCAGCUGAAGCGGAAGCUGCAGAGAAAUAGAACAUCCUUCACCCAAGAGCAGAUCGAGGCCCUGGAGAAAGAGUUUGAGAGAACCCAUUAUCCAGAUGUGUUUGCCCGAGAAAGACUAGCGGCCAAAAUAGAUCUACCAGAAGCAAGAAUACAGGUGUGGUUUUCUAAUCGAAGGGCCAAAUGGAGAAGAGAAGAGAAACUGAGGAAUCAGAGGAGACAGGCCAGCAACACACCUAGUCAUAUCCCCAUCAGCAGUAGUUUCAGCACCAGUGUCUACCAGCCAAUCCCACAACCCACCACGCCUGUUUCGUCCUUCACCUCUGGCUCCAUGUUGGGCCGAACAGACACAGCCCUCACAAACUCCUACAGCGCUCUGCCGCCCAUGCCCAGCUUCACCAUGGCGAAUAACCUGCCUAUGCAACCCCCGGUCCCCAGCCAGACGUCCUCCUACUCCUGCAUGCUGCCCACCAGCCCUUCGGUGAAUGGGCGGAGUUACGAUGCCUACACACCCCCGCACAUGCAGACACACAUGAACAGUCAGACCAUGGGCACCUCGGGCACCACUUCCACAGGACUCAUUUCCCCUGGUGUGUCAGUUCCAGUUCAAGUUCCUGGAAGUGAACCUGAUAUGUCUCAAUAUUGGCCAAGAUUACAGUAAAAAAAAAAAAAGAGAGAGAGAGAGAAAGGAUCUAUCAUGUUAAUUCGGUCAGUGACUAUGUGGACGCAAAGCUGGGCGUUCAGGAAGGAGAAAAAGUGGCUGGCUGGAAGCACUUCAGUUCUGUCCUGUGUUGUACCACCGGGGAGCGGACUUGGAUCAAGGACCUUUGUAUACAGAAGGCACGAUAUCAGUUGGAACAAAUCUUCAUUUUGGUAUCCAAACUUUUAUUCAUUUUGGUGUAUUAUUUG